CUCUCUCUCUCUCUCUCUCUCUCUCUCACCCACACACACUCGUACACACCCCCUCACACACAUAUUUAGGUAACAUUUACUUAUCUAGUCGUAAAUUUAAAUUAUAUGGUAAAUAGCAUGAAGAUCUGAUAAUUAUUAAUUUACGUUUCUCAAUGUCAAUGGCUGUUAAGACGUCGAGUAAACCAAUUGUUAUCAGAUGAAAUGUAUUAAACCUAAACUUAAAUCAUUUUCACACAAAACGAAUGUUGCAUUGUUUUCAAAUCCUUUGGUCUCCUUGAAGCGACCGUCAGUGCGGUAUGAAAGGACUAAAAGUUCUUGCUUUUUAUGUUGUAAAUGUUUUAAUACACAAUCCCAUACAUAAAUGUCAGGUGUUCGCCAAAAAUUAGUCCCGUGGGUGGUCUAGUGGUCUAGUUUAAAACAAUACACGUUGUUGGCCAACACAGAUAAGAGAUUUUCGAUUGGCAUAAUUAUAAGUUGAACGUUUAGGAACGGUAAUUAUAGUUUAUAAGUUUACUGUCAACAUGGUUUGGGCAUUUUGUCACAUGUAUAUAACAAUAGUAUUGGCCUGUUGAAUUUGACAAUGUCAUUUUUAUAUAUUUUAAAAGAAUAAAGUUCAUUUUAAAAUUGUUGACAGAAAUACCAAUGUACAUUUUCAGAGUUGUGAUUUUGAGAUAUUUUGUGUUUUUUGAGAUGCAUCUCCCAUGGUGGCAACAAAAAAAAGCUUAAUUUUGAUUAAAACAGUAACAUCAUGUUUAGAAGAAAGAUUACGUACACAAAUCACCAUGUAAUAGUCAUACUUAUACCCUGUUUUCUCCUGUAAAUAUGCAUAUAUCAGAGGAACUUUUUGCUCACCGCCUCAAAUUAAAGCUGUCACCUACAGACAUUCGCGACACGACAGGUCAAUGUUAGUGCGCUUGAGUUACCUCACACAAUCUUAUACCGUGUCACACCGACUCGACAGUAGUCUCAUAACACCCCAAGUUGCUAAUUAUUUAUCAUUAUUAUUAGUUUCAUGUUUACCUUAUGCCAUAAACGACUGUCUUCAUUUGUGAUUGUUGAAUGUUGUUCUAAAAAAGGUCCCAUAUUAACUAACACGUAGAGGGAAUAUAAAAAGGGGAAAGUUAUCGUUUCAAUCGUAAAAUUAUUGUAUUUUAGCAAAUAUUUUAUUUGUUGUUUGUUUAAAACAUUGUAAGAAAAUGGUAAAAAUAUACGAAAUGAAAACAAAUAAACCGUGUACGAUGCUGAUUUACACAUCUUACUACAUCUGACUACCUGUGGGCGCCUCAAAUACGAGUUUUCUGCUCAUAAAUGCUACACUGGAAGCAUAAUUUCUGCAGACAGAUUACUGACUAUCAUCAGGAUGAAGCAUUCCGGGUUUGGAUUCUACAUUGUGGGCUUUGGUGUCCUCCAUACAACCUUAGGAUUCAUAUUUGACGGUGACAUGUUUGGCGGUGGCAGCAUGGCUGCGAUGGUUGGGAUAAGUGCCAUGGGUGGAAUGGAAGGUUUAAUGGGUGGAGGAAUGGACGGGACGGGAACUGGAAUUGCUAUGGGUGGAAUGGAUGGUGUAUUCGGAGGCGGAAUGGGAACAACAGGAGGUGCUAUGGGUGGAACGGAAAGUUUUUAUGGAGUUGCAACGGGAGGAGCCGCAGGCACGACUGGGGGAAUGGCAGGAUUAAUGGGAGGCGGAGUGGGAGGAACAGGCAAUGGUAUCGGUGCAAUGGAAUCUCUUUUUGGAGGAAUUAUGGGAACAGAAAUGGGUGCUGCUACCGGAGUGCAUGGUUUACUUGGAGGUGAAAUGGCCACUGCUAUGGGAGGUGGUGGGAUGAACAACAUGUUUGGUCAAUUCGGCCAGGGACAAAGAGCACCAGUCACUAAAAAAUGCAUGUCCCCUUUCUGGCUGAAGUACUGUAAAUGUAACUUCCUGUGUCCUCAAGGGCAUGUGAGUUACGGAAAUUGUGAAGAUUUUAAGGAAAAUUCCUUUUUGCCUACCAUGUGCUGUCCGGAAACGGUGCAUUACGCAUGCGUCGGAUUUGAAUUUUAGAAUAUUUUCUUCGGUGACCUAAUUUGUCAUAAAAGUCAUUUCAAUAAAUUCUAAUGGAAUACUG